AUGGAUCAGAAAUUCAAGCUGGUAGCCCCUCGUGCUAGGUUGACUGAGGAUUACAGCAAUCCGAUUGAAGAUAUACUCUUUGGCUCCGGAUGGGAUCGCGGUAUUGGAAUUAAAUCAUCCUACACGGCUGAACGUCUCGUUGACCUGCUUGCCGUUCCUGUCGUGCACAAGGACGACCGAAAGCCUGCAUCAGUGGAGCCUCGAAAUACGCCACAAAAUUACUGCUCCCAUAACCAAGAUCAGAGUCGCGAUCUGUUGGUAGCCGAAGCCAUCAAACACGAAGCUAGCGUCAAGAUUUUGAAAAGCAAUCCUCUGAAGGAGGCGAACCAGGGAGACCAGACAGGACGUUUCCGAUCGGCCGCAUUGUCCAAUCUUCCUACAGAACUCCUUCUAGUUAUAAUGGGCUAUAUCGAAGAUAUUGAAGACAUCGUCAGCUUAGCAUUGGUCAAUGAGCGCCUAUGCAGUAUUGCUCAAGGAGAACUGCAAUCCUAUUUUCCCCAAUAUUUUGCACCAUGGGCCAAUGAAAACAUUGCAUGCGUGGGAGAUUACUCGGCUGAACACGACUUUCCCCCUGGGCUUUUUUCAGAUGCGGAAUUAGAGGCCCUGCAGCACGAGGAAAUCGCAAUUUUUAUCGAGGAAGAAGCAGAAUGGAAGAUCGGGAGUCCGAAUAGGCUUGGUGACUUCACCUAUCCUGGUGUAUCACACAUUCAGGAACGGCCAAUGGAAAUUCUUUCCUCGAAGACCUGGCCACUGAGGGAUUGUUUAGGGAGCGUCAGCGACUCCUCGCCGAACCCUCUCAUCAAAUCGUGUGACAUCUACCGCGACUAUUUCCCCAGGGAUCAACCAUGGGUUCUUCGAAACCCUACUACGAAAGAAUUUGUUCGUGCAGAAGCCAUCGCCCUGAAGCCCGAAUUCAUCAAAGGUCCGCACAUUGUCGGCCUCGGUUUCGGCGAAGUCCUCCUCUCACGGAUUUCUUGGACAUCAGCAGCCUUGGACAUAGAGGAUACAGCCGACAUCGGCAGAGGAAUAUGGGCGGGACACCGUUUCGACAUCACGACGCUUACCAGACAUGAAAGAAAGACAACUGGUGACGCAGAGUGGACUGAUGUGAGCGAUGAAGUUGUAACGGAAAUUGCUAUUAUUUGGGAAAGCUACUUUGGCGCCGACUGGCGUGAGACACUCUGUCGGGUAUUUGAAACUCAAAUGUAG